GGGGGAGGCACCAGGGCGGCGGAGAGGUGGGGCGCACGCUGGAUCCUAAGCGGGGUGGGAGCGCGAAGAUGGCCGCGGCAGAAGGGGAGCCGAAGCCCAAGAAGCUGAAGGUGGAGGCGCCGCCAGCACUGAGUGAAAAUGUUCUCUUUGGAAUGGGAAAUCCUCUUCUCGACAUCAGUGCUGUAGUGGAUAAGGAUUUCCUUGAUAAGUAUUCUCUUAAAGCAAAUGACCAAAUCUUGGCUGAAGACAAGCAUAAGGAACUGUUUAAUGAACUUGUAAAAAAAUUCAAAGUCGAAUAUCAUGCCGGUGGUUCUACCCAGAAUUCAAUGAAAGUGGCCCAGUGGAUGAUUCAGAAGCCACACAAAGCAGCAACAUUUUUUGGAUGCAUUGGGAUUGAUAAAUUUGGAGAGAUCCUGAAGAGAAAAGCUGCCGAAGCGCAUGUGGAUGCUCAUUACUAUGAGCAGAAUGAGCAGCCGACGGGAACUUGUGCUGCGUGCAUCACUGGUGGCAACAGGUCCCUUGUAGCUAAUCUUGCUGCUGCCAAUUGUUAUAAAAAAGAAAAACAUCUUGAUAUGGAGAAAAAUUGGAUGUUAGUAGAAAAGGCAAAAGUUUAUUACAUAGCAGGCUUUUUUCUUACCGUUUCACCAGAGUCGGUGAUAAAAGUGGCUCAGCAUGCUUCUGCCAACAACAGAAUUUUCACUUUGAACCUGUCUGCACCAUUUAUUAGUCAGUUCUACAAGGAAGCAUUGAUGAAAGUUAUGCCUUACGUUGACAUACUUUUUGGAAAUGAGACAGAAGCUGCCACUUUUGCUAGAGAGCAAGGCUUUGAGACUGAAGAUAUUAAAGCGAUAGCCAGAAAGACCCAAGCUCUGCCAAAGGUGAACUCGAAGAGGCAGCGAGUUGUGAUUUUCACCCAAGGGAGUGAUGACACUAUAAUGGCUACAGAGAAUGAAGUCACUGCUUUUGCUGUCUUGGAUCAGGACCAGGAAGAAAUCGUUGAUACCAAUGGAGCCGGAGAUGCAUUUGUUGGAGGUUUCCUGUCUCAGCUGGUCAGUGACAAGCCGCUGACUGAGUGCAUCCGCGCCGGCCACUAUGCGGCCAGCGUCAUCAUCAGGCGGACGGGCUGCACCUUCCCCGAGAAGCCAGACUUCCACUGAGGAAGCGCGGGCCCCGGGUGCAGACGCCGCCAACUGCUCCCUGCGAACCCCCCGCGCAACACAGAGAAAGUGAUCUGCCGUCUUCCCCAUGUAAUAAUGGCCAAUCUUAAUUCAGAAUGUGUAGGAAUGCUCAGUAGAAUCUUUAUUCUCUCUCAACAAACUCAAAAAUGAUGCUCAUUUCCAUAGUGUGAUAGUGCCACUUAAAUGUCAAUUAAACAGGAAUAUAACAUUUCAAUAGAAACUUUUUUUUCAAUUACUUUGUAAAUUCAUGUGUAUUUAGCAAAUUGAUCAGGUUUUUUUUUUUUACAUUUCUGCUUUGAAUGCAGAUGCAAUUUAAUAUAAUAGAUAUUUUUAAAGGAAUUAACCCUAACACAUUAAUCUUUAGCUUUUUAUACAAGUAUAUUUAAUUUAGGGAUAUGUGUGUGUAUGUGUGUGUGCGUGUGUGUGUACACACACUCAUACAUAUAUGUACCACAUAGACACACAAUAAACAGCCAAAUAAGGUACAGAAAUACUUACCUUGCCAAGUUAUGCCAAAUCAUCUCUUCAGUGUAUAAUCAAAUAUAUCAUAAACUUUGGAUAAUUAAAUAACUUGCCAAAUUAUAUUAUAAUAUUCAAAUCAUAAUCUUAUAUUUACUUAUGGAACUCUGUAAUUUGAUACAAAUAAAAGCUUGUGAUACGGGAA